AUGCCGCCGAUCCGGAAGCCGAAGAGGCUCCCCCCAUACCACUUCUCGGGUGAGAUCUUCAUCAAGGCCCGCUACCUGGAGAUUGCCCUGCUUCUAGCGGCAAUCGCCACUAUCGCGACCUUCUUCGCGAUCCUCAACUGUUCGACCGGGUAUAUGAUCGGUCUGAUCGUCGUGUGUAUUGUGAAUGUAUUAUGGUGCUUCUUCUGCGUGGUACGGUACUUCGAUAACCAACUGACCUUCGUGCACAUGAUCUUGAUUGAUCUAUCCUUCUUGACCCCUCUGGCGAUUCUGUGUGCCCUAUUUGGCCAGAAGAUCUGGUGGUUCUCGUGCAAGAACCCCAAGUCCGGCGGUGAUCUCCAUGUCCGACGGUCUGGCCAUUUCUUCAGCAAGCGGCAAGUCCUCAGCACAACAGAUUUCAUGGAACACAGUGAGCUCACCUGCUGGGCAACCCGGGUCAUCUGGAUCUUUUACGUGUUGCUCGCAUGCGCAAUCUUCUUUGGCAUCAUGCUCAGCAUGUCCCUGAACCGACAGAAGAAGGACGACCCCAACGCGGGCGAACCAGUUAUGGAGCAAGGUGGUGGAAUGGACGACAUGGGUGGGUUCUCUUGA